GCAAAAGUUUGAUUUUUAGGACGGAAAUAAAAAUCAGGGAUCUCGCGGAGAUGCCAUCUGGAGUAGAAAGCUCAAACAACCAGACAACGCAACUGGACCCAGGUAAACAGAUUAUCAUCAGGCAGAGAACCGAGAGCUUUAUCACAAAGUUUUGCGUGGUUUUUGGGAUUUCAAAGUUUGAAAAACGAAAAUGGCAAUAACACUGAGCAGUGGGUUUAAGAUACCGAUCGUGGGUUUGGGCGUUUGGCGCAUGGAACCAAAAGAAAUCAGAGACCUCAUCAUCAACGCUAUUCAAAUUGGCUACCGUCAUUUUGAUUGUGCUGCUGAUUACAAGAAUGAAGCAGAAGUUGGGGAUGCUCUUGCAGAAGCAUUUCAGACUGGGCUUGUGAAGAGAGAGGACCUUUUUAUUACCACCAAGCUUUGGAAUUCGGACCAUGGACACGUUCUUGAGGCUUGCAAAGAUAGCCUGAAGAAGCUACGGUUAGAAUAUCUGGAUUUAUACCUUGUCCACUUCCCUGUAGCCACAAAACAUACCGGAGUUGGUAACACUGGCAGUGCUUUAGAUGAGGAUGGAGUCCUAGAGAUAGACACAACUGUAUCCUUGGAAACUACCUGGCAUGCUAUGGAAGAUCUGGUUUCCAAGGGUCUGGUACGUAGUAUUGGAAUCAGCAACUACGACAUCUUCCUAACUAGAGAUUGCUUGGCUUACUCCAAAAUUAAGCCUGCUGUGAACCAGAUCGAAACUCACCCCUAUUUCCAACGUGAUUCCCUCGUCAAAUUUUGCCUGAAGCAUGGGAUUUCUGUCACAGCCCACACUCCUUUAGGAGGUGCUGCUGCCAAUACUGAAUGGUUUGGUACCGUUUCAUGUCUCGACGAUCCAGUUUUCAAGGAUCUUGCUAAGAAAUAUCAAAGGAGCGUUGCCCAGAUUGCUCUCCGUUGGGGUGUUCAACGGAACACUGUUGUCAUACCAAAGUCAUCAAAACUUGAGAGGUUGAAAGAAAACCUCGAAGUUUUUGAUUUCGAGCUUACCAAAGAAGAUAUGGAGCUGAUUAAAAGUUUGGAUAGGAAAUACAGGACCAACCAACCUGCCAAGUUUUGGGGCAUAGAUCUCUAUGCAUGAGCAUUGACCAUUUAUGUGUCUGAGAGGGUUUUCCUUGCGUUCUCAAAAGAAUAAGUGUGGGAGGCUGGUAGCCACUAGACUACACGUUUUCCAAGACUUGAUAAUGGCAUUUACGCACUUUGAAAAAGACUUUUAGAUCAGUUCUCAUGGCUUUGUUAGAUUUGUAAAUUGAUUGCUCGCUUGUAUAAGCUGAGCUCUUUCUGAUUA